AUGACUGUUCCAAACACCAAGGAGUCCCUUUUUCCACAUCAGUCGCCUCCUUUCUCUCAAGCUCUCAAGCUCUCCGUCACUGUCGCCCUCUGUUUGAUCUGCUCUCACAUCCUUCUCGUCCACGACAACCAUCUCAAACGUGGCCGAGGAAUGUGUCAGAGCGGCACAAAAGAGCCAGAACAAAAGAUGGACGCGGCGGGGGUUGAGAGGGAAAGUUGCCAGAACUUUCCCACCCGCCACCCCACAGCAGAACUUUCACACUUGCCACCCCACAGCAGAACUUUUACAGCCUGCACCCCACAGCAGAACUUUCACACUCGCCACCCCACAGCAGAACUUUCACACCCGCUACCCCACAGCAGAACUUUCACACUCGCCACCCCACAGCAGAACUUUUACAGCCUGCACCCCACAGCAGAACUUUCACACUCGCCACCCCACAGCAGAACUUUCACACCCGCUACCCCACAGCAGAACUUUCACACUCGCCACCCCACAGCAGAACUUUUACAGCCUGCACCCCACAGCAGAGCUUUCACACCCGCCACCCCACAGCAGAACUUUCACACUUGCCACCCCUCAGUAGAACUUUCACACCCGCAACCCCACAGUAGAACUUUCACACCCGCCACCCCACAGCAGAACUUUCACACCCGCCACCCCACAGCAGAACAUUCACACCCGCCACCCCACAGCAGAACUUUCACACCCGCCACCCCACAGCAGAACUUUCACACCCGCCACCCCACAGCAGAACAUUCACACCCGCCACCCCACAGCAGAACUUUCACACUCGCCACCCCACAGCAGAACUUUCACACCCGCCACACCACAGCAGAACUUUCACAGCCGCCACCCCACAGCAGAACUUUCACACCCGCCACCCCACAGCAGAACUUUCACACUCGCCACCCCACAGCAGAACUUUUACAGCCUGCACCCCACAGCAGAGCUUUCACACCCGCCACCCCACAGCAGAACUUUCACACUUGCCACCCCUCACAGAACAUUCACACCCGCCACCCCACAGCAGAACUUUCACACCCGCCACCCCACAGCAGAACUUUCACACCCGCCACCCCACAGCAGAACAUUCACACCCGCCACCCCACAGCAGAACUUUCACACUCGCCACCCCACAGCAGAACUUUCACACCCGCCACACCACAGCAGAACUUUCACACCCACCACCCCACAGCAGAACUUUCACAGCCGCCACCCCACAGCAGAACUUUCACACCCGCCACCCCACAGCAGAACUUUCACACCCACCACCCCACAGCAGAACUUUCACACCCACCACCCCACAGUAGAACUUUCACACCCACCACCCCACAGCAGAACUUUCACAGCCGCCACCCCACAGCAGAACUUUCACAGCCGCCACCCCACAGCAGAACUUUCACACCCGCCACCCCACAGCAGAACUUUCACACCCACCACCCCACAGCAGAACUUUCACACCCACCACCCCACAGUAGAACUUUCACACCCACCACCCCACAGCAGAACUUUCACAGCCGCCACCCCACAGCAGAACUUUCACACCCGCCACCCCACAGUAGAACUUUCACAGCCGCCACACCACAGCAGAACUUUCACAGCCGCCACCCCACAGCAGAACUUUCACAGCCGCCACCCCACAGCAGAACUUUCACAGCCGCCACCCCACAGCAGAACUUUCACACCCGCCACCCCACAGCAGAACUUUCACACCCACCACCCCACAGCAGAACUUUCACAGCCGCCACCCCACAGCAGAACUUUCACACCCGCCACCCCACAGUAGAACUUUCACAGCCGCCACCCCACAGCAGAACUUUCACAGCCGCCACCCCACAGCAGAACUUUCACACCCGCCACCCCACAGCAGAACUUUCACACCCGCCACCCCACAGCAGAACUUUCACACCCACCACCCCACAGCAGAACUUUCACAGCCGCCACCCCACAGCAGAACUUUCACACCCGCCACCCCACAGUAGAACUUUCACAGCCGCCACCCCACAGCAGAACUUUCACAGCCGCCACCCCACAGCAGAACUUUCACAGCCGCCACCCCACAGCAGAACCCGGCUGCACAAUUCAGGAAUGCGGUGCGUAAAAGCGCACGUCGCCUCUCCAAUUAUCUAA